GCAAGAUACAUCGAUGAACACACUUCUCUUUUCCCCGCUUCUACAAAGCCUAUCUUAUAGUCCUUUUGCCACUAACCCUUACAAAGUUGAGGGCACAGUUGUCACAACAUGGUGUUCGGCCGACGCUGCCCCGAAAGAAGAUUGCCCAGCAACGGAAAAACUCCUUGAUUUAGAUCAACACCGUUCCAUUCCCCGCAAAUUCUCCACUUCUGGAGGGCUUGGUAUCACGUUCUUGGGAUGCAUUCUUGCGUUAUACGGAAAUUUGAUGUCGAAAUACGCCCUUUCCUUGACGCAAUGAGAUGGGAGCCGGACAGGCGGAUUCUGGACGCAGGUACAAAUUGGAAGACUUCAGGCCUGCGGGAGAGCAAGUCAAGCCUGAACUUUGGCUGACCCCUUCCGCUCUUUUCUGCCAAUAUGUUGAAGACUGCUAUCAGUCUGUUAGGUUUACUCGGCUCUGCUGCUGCGCAGAGCGACUCCGUCAAGGUCAAAUGGCUUGAAGGAACACCUGAAUAUCUUAGUGGGGUGACUUUCGGUCUUCCAUGGGCCCGUGGACAACAUCUCGCCAAUGCCACUACCUUCACGGCUUCCGGCGACGCGCAACUCCAAUCAUGGGUCACUGCGUACUGGCCUGACGGCUCGCUCAAGUGGACUGGACAUGCCAUCGCGGCGACCGACUUACCCGCCGACGAGUACACUAUCACUGCUUCUGGACCUGGGAAUUCGACAUCGUCACGCCUGAGACGGCAGAGUGGCAGCAUCCAGGUCAGCGACUCUGGUGAUGUGAUCGUGGUCGAUACUGGCAAGGUCACUGCUAGCUUUCCUAAAUCAGGGAGUGUCCUGGUAUCCUCUAUAGAGACAGGUGGAAAGACGGUUGGGAAGAAUGGCCGUUUAGUCUUGAGGUCUCAAAAUGGUACUCCGGACGACGACGAAAACGGCAUACCAUCUGGCAUCGACUACUUCAGCUUCUCCAGCAAGAUUGACAAUGUCACAGUGUCUGAAGACAACACCGCGCGUGCACUCGUCACCGUAAAAGGAGUGCAUUCAGCUGACGGAGAUGGUGCACAUGAUGAUUGGCUUCCCUUUGUGGUUCGUUUCUACCUAUACGCGAACUCUGAAGCAAUUCGCAUCAUUCAUACGAUCAUCUACGAUGGAGAUAUGAAAACAGACUUCAUAUCUGGUCUCGGCGUUCGUUUCGACGUCCCACUUGCUGGGGAGGAACAAUACAACCGUCACGUGCGCAUUGCUGGCGUGGACGGCGGACUGCUACACGAGGCUGUGCAGAGUAUUACGGGACUUCGACGAGACCCUGGUACAGCUGUUAAGCAAGCCCAAUUCAAUGGUUCCGCGACUCCAAACGAAACUACAUGGGACACGCGAGUGACGACUCGCACUCAAUGGAUUCCCACUUGGAGUGACUAUCAACUUACUCAAUUAUCUCCUGACGGCUUCAAUCUCCGAAAACGUACCAAAGCUGGUCAGAGUUGGAUCAAGAUUCCUGGAGGCACGCGUUCAGGUGGCUUGGCUUACUUAGGAGGAGCUACUGUUGGUGGGAUGGCACUUGGCCUGCGCGAUUUCUGGAAGAAGUAUCCUACCAGCCUGGACAUAUCCAAUGCUGCGACCGAUGAAGGGUCUAUCACUUUGUGGCUCUACAGCCCCCAGGCUGGACCCCUAGACGUUCGUCCAUAUCACGAUGGACUCGGUCAGGACACAUAUGCGAAGCAACUAGACGCUCUCGAGAUUACUUACGAAGAUUGGGAGAGUGGAUACGAUACGCCAUAUGGCGUUGGUCGCACGAAUGAGCUCUACCUGUAUGCAUUUGCUAGCACGCCUCCCGCAGAAACCCUCGCAACUCUCACCAACAACACCAACAACCCGCCAGUCCUCAUUCCAGAGCCUGAGUAUAUCCGCGACACCAAAGCCAUCGGAUCAUACUGGGAUGUUCCUGGUUCUCCCACUAACUCGGUCCAAUCGCAGACCAUCGAAUCACAUAUGGAAUUUCUGAUCGAAUUCUAUACGAAGCAGGUCGAGCAACGCCGAUGGUACGGCUUCUGGGACCAUGGCGACAUCAUGCACACUUACGAUGAUGACCGACACCAAUGGCGAUACGAUAUCGGCGGUUACGCCUGGGACAACUCUGAGCUUUCUCCCGAUCUCUUUUUCUGGGGCCACUUCCUCCGCACUGGCAGUGCAGACGCGUAUCAUCUCGCUCACGAUCAGUCGCGACAUGGUAGUGAGGUCGAUUCGUACCAUCUGGGCAAUUUCACGGGACUUGGUACGCGACAUGGUGUUCAGCAUUGGUCUGACAGUGCUAAACAAGCUCGUAUCUCAACGCCGGUCUACAGGAAGACGCAUUUCUACAUCUCUGGUGGCGACGAGCGAAUAGGGGAUAUUAUCCACGACACGCUUCAGGUUGACAAGGCUUGGGUGAUUGUCGACGCCCGCCGUAAGGUCCGGGCUGCUGAUGUCGCGUACACUCCUGAUCCCGAGGCCCUUUACCUAAACUUUGGCACCGACUGGGCUGGUCUUGCACAAGCUUACCUCAUCGAGUGGGAGCGUCGCGGUCCCCGGUGGGAGGAGGCUCGCGAAAAGCUCAUUCAGGCAUUGGUCACGUACCCCAAGCUGAAGAACGGCUUCGUUACCGGCGAAGCGCUGUACAACUCGCUGACUGGAGCAUGGUCACCACCGCCUACCGACCCAAACAAUAAUGGGAACAUCACUGUCUCGCAUCUUUCAGGUGUCUUCGGCGUCCUGGAGACCAUCGAUCAGCUACUUGAGCAUUUUGGUUCUUCCGCACCCAACACCACCCAGCCUUUCCUUGAUGCGUUCCUGGAUUACUGCUACUACUAUGGCGCACCAGCCGCUGAGCAAGCUGCACGCUACGGCAACAGCUUCGGCACUCUUAACCUCAAACAGGGCCACUCGCGAUUCACGGCUUACGUUGCCAACAGGCGAAACAACGCGACACUUGUGCCGCGAGUAUGGAGUGAGUAUUUGGGUGAUGGAAGCAAGGACGGCCUCUCGCCGAACGCGACUUGGACUACCGUAAGAAUCGGCGGGAGCGACGUGCUCAUUCCUGUCGAUGAGGCUACGUGGGUUAGUACAAAUGCGGCGGCGUUGUAUGGUGUAGCUGGUAUCGAGAAUCUGGCGCUCGUUGGGGCACCGGGUGUAUCGGCUAUCGGUGGAAAUGGAACGGCGAAGAGGCACAUUUGAGUGCCGCCCAUUACGCUCAGUGCUGCGAUAUUUAAGUUGAAGAGGAUAUGCAUAAUGUGUAAGCUGUAUUGUGGGUCGAUGAAUAUUCAAGACGUCACAUCCGAAUAUGCGGACGAACGCUUUCGCAUAUGUUGGCUUAUGGUCUAUGUUUGUUCUGGCCAACUUGUCCGAGUAAUCUCUCUCGUCCUCGUACUUCGUCUUGUCAAUUCCAAAGCCAUAUAGUCCAGGAACAACAGCAAUACUCUGGUGCUCUCCAUGCCAUACCAUUUGCCAGUCUUCCAUAUUUCUCAAUACAAUAUGUCCACUACAGUCUGCUCAAAGAUGUGUGGUCUUAUUUCGUUCUCGAGUUUUUACACAGACACCGUCCCAGUUUCCAUCUC